CAAAACUUAGGAGGUCAAGAGAAGGAACCCAAGAAGCUGAGCUGAAGGAAGUUGAGAAGGUGAAUUAUAGUGAUAACCAGAAGGGAUAUCAGGAAAGAUGCCUUCACAGAAGAUCAAAACAGGUCACCAGGACACAGUCCAUGAUGUUGCCAUGGAUUACUAUGGAAAGAGAGUGGCAACAGCUUCAUCUGAUAGCACCGUUAAGAUAAUUGGUGUUAGCAAUAAUGCUUCACAACACCUUGCUACUUUGACUGGCCAUCAAGGCCCUGUUUGGCAGGUUGCUUGGGCACACCCCAAGUUUGGAUCAAUCCUUGCUUCUUGUUCCUGUGAUGGCCGAGUGAUAAUCUGGAAGGAAGGAAAUCAAAAUGACUGGACACAAGCUCAUGUUUUCAGUGAUCAUAAAUCAUCUGUCAACUCCAUUGCCUGGGCACCUCAUGAACUUGGCCUCUGCUUGGCUUGUGGAUCCUCUGAUGGGAAUAUCUCUGUCUUCACUGCUAGGUCUGAUGGCGCUUGGGACACCACAAAGAUAGAUCAAGCUCACCCUGUUGGAGUAACCUCAGUUUCAUGGGCCCCAUCAAUGGCCCCUGGUGUUCUGGUUGGAUCUGGUCUGCUGGAUCCUGUUCAGAAGCUGGUUUCUGGUGGCUGUGAGGCUGUGAUAAUACUGUGAAGGUGUGGAAGCUAUACAACGGGAAUUGGAAGAUGGACUGUUUCCCUGCU